CAAGAAGAUAUCGACGACUUCAAUGCAACUAAGCUUGUCCAUGGAAAGACGGAUAUGCAGAUUGCCAUAACAAAAAAAGCCAGUGAGAAGCUCAACAAAAUAGCAGUGGAUGAUAACAAUAUUAACACAGCAUUGAAAAUAGGUGUAGAAAGUGGAGGAUGUCACGGAUUCCAGUAUAACUUAGAUCUCACCGACUUGGAAAAGGAACUUGCCCAAGAUGAAGAUGACGAAUUACUUGUAUUCAAGAGAAUAGACGAAUCCGGAAACAUUGCCCAGAUAAUCUUGGAUGAGUCGUCGUUGGAAAUCUUGCAAGAUUCUAAGCUAGACUAUACUAAAGAAUUGAUAGGAAGCUCGUUCAAAAUCGUUGAUUCCCCAUACACUUCUACUUCGUGUGGAUGUGGAGCUUCGUUUGAUUUUGAUUUCGAAAAGUUACAAAAGACCAAGAGAGAACGAGCAGCUUCCAAAUAA